AUGCCUUCAGAAGGAGAAUCGUCAUCCAAGGCUGCUGAGAUUAAACCCUCAGAGACAACAGCUACCAGUAACAUUCGUCUCAAGUUUGAUGGACUCCCUAAACUACAAGGGCAAUCCAACUACCAAACUUGGGCGAGUGCCUGGAGGAUAACGUUCGACGCUGUAGACUGGUGGGAAGCGUUGAGCAUCGAGAACCCUGACGAGAAUGACACCGAACUCAGCAAAACCGAGAUAAAGAAGGCUCGUAAACAAAUGCACAGCCUUCUCAUCUCUGCUGUAUGCGAAGAAAUACAACCAACAGUCGUCUCCGCCGAAAAUGCAUUCUACGCAUGGAAGGCGCUCAAAGACCUCUACGAUCGUGUCUCACCCAACACCACGAUCACCCUCCUCAGCCGCGUCCUAGACACGAAGAUGCAAGAAGGCGGAUCACUGACCGAGCAUCUCGCGACCUUCGAUGCGAACUGGAAUACUCUCAAGUCCAGAUGCCAAAGCGCAGACCACAAACUCGCUCAGGCUCUCCUACCCCUCACCAAAUCCAACGAAGCCAUGGCGGCAUUCCUCCUAAGUUCGCUACCCAAAUCGAUGAGCAACGUCGUCGACAACAUCCAAACCAAACAGGAUGUUACCUACGAAGACGUACGCCAACGACUACAGAACCUGGAUGAGGUAGCCCCUCAAACAGGGAACAAGGUACUCCAUACCAGGAGUACCACAAGCGACAAGGAAUGCACCUGGUGCAAGAAAAGGGGACAGCCUUACAAAGGCCACGAGUACACGGAAUGCAGAAAGCUCAAAGAACAGAACAAGAACAGAAAGGGAAGGAGAAAGGACAACUCGGCAUCGGUUGUAGUAAAUGACUCUACAACCACUAUCUGUAUGGUACGCCACAACAACUCCCAACCCCUUACUUGGAUCCUUGAUUCUGGAGCGACCUCUCACGUCACACCCUUCCAAGACCAACUCAUCGACAUCCGACCUCACACCGGCAACGUCCGAACAGCUGAUGGAACCAACCACGCUGUCACCGGAAUGGGAAGCGCUAGUUUCAGCUGCCACCUUCCCGAUGGAAGUAGAUCUUCCAUACUCCUCACCGAUGUGCUGUUGGUCCCAACCUUGGGAAAUGUGGGAUUGGUCUCCGAAACCGUGCUCGACAAAAAGGGAUUUAGAACGGAGUCAGGAGGAGGAAGCAAGUUGGUUACAAAAGAAAAGAAAGGAAUAAUUUGGGCAAAAUUGGAAAAGGGACUUUGGAAUGUACAAGUAGUUAGCAAUACAGUUCGUUUGACCUCUUACGAUGAAUGGCAUCAAGCGUUAGGCCACCCUGCGACACUAGAAAACUUGUAUCACGACAUUCAAAGGCUGCCUCCUAAACCAGAAAGUUUCCACUGCAGUCAAUGUGCACUAUCAAAAAGCGUACAUAAGAAACCUGCACCAAUUAGUACUAGAUCCAAACGACCAUUCGAACUAAUCCACUCAGAUCUAUCUGGAAAGUUCAGUAUACAGUCACAAGGGAAAGCUCAGUACUAUAUGUCCUUCAUCGAUGAUUACACCCGCUUCGCAUGGAUAUAUCUCCUGAAACAGAAAGAAGACGCAAAGAAGGCCAUCAAGGACUACGUUACAAGGAUCGAAAAACAGUAUAGCACAACAAUACUGAGAUUCAGAACGGAUGGUGGUGGUGAAUACAUCAACAAGGACAUAACGAACUACUUCGAUUCACAAGGAAUAGUUCAUGAACAGACUCCCCCAUACACUCCUGAAUCUAAUGGAGUUGCAGAACGAUUCAACAGGACGGUAACCACAAUGGUCAGGUGCAUGAUCAUGGACCAUCCUAAGUCGUUAUGGGGAGAAGCAUACGCAACAGCUGUCUACCUCAAAAACAGGCUACCUCACAGUACGCUUAAGGGAAAGACUGUAACGGAGCCAUUUCAACUGUCUGGUGUAUGA